AUGUUUAUCAGCAGCUUUAACAACGGCAACCGCGCUUGUAACUGGACCAACCUCGAGAAUCUCGGUAGACUUCAGACAAGCAUCCAAGGACGAGCGCUGGAACGUGUGCAGACCAGUCUGCUGUACCCGGAAUCUGUCCCAAGGGUAAUCGAGACGCUCAGACUGCUCUACGGCAGGCCGGAACAACUGCUGCACUGCUUGAUGCAAAAGGCUCGGAAAGCGGAGUCCCCUCGAAUGGAUCGCCUUUCCACGAUCAUCAAUUUUGGCGUAGUCGUGCAACAACUGUGCGACCAUCUGGUGGCCUCGGGACUGGUGGAUCACCUAGUUAACCCAAUGCUUAUCGCGGAACUGGUGGAAAAGUUACCCGAUCCAACCAAGGUUGAGUGGGUUCGGUACAAGCGUCAGUUCGCUGCGGUGAACUUAAGCACGUUUGCAGACUUUCUCUCGGAAAGAGUGUCCGAAGCGACGGAGGCCACAGCCUACUUCGAACCGCAGGAGGAGCGACGCCCAAACCGAGACCGCCAUGAAAAGAAGCUGAAAGGUAGAGACGAGGGAUUCUUAAACACACACCUAGAUGCCGAGCAGCUGUCGAAGCAGAGCAGGGGUGAUGAUUAUGGAGGUCGCAGACCAUGCCGCGCGUGCAAUCGAACCGAUCACCGCAUUCGGUUCUGCGAUGAUUUCCUUAAGCUGGCUUGGGAAGCUCGAAUGAAUAUUGCCGAGGAGUGGAAUUUAUGUCUGCUGUGUCUCAAUGAACACGGGCAAACGCGUUGCCGUUUCAAAGGGCACUGCAAUGUUGGAAGUUGCAAAGAACGUCACCACCCCCUGCUACAUCCUUCGGGUCCGGCGGCACCGCUUUCGACGGACUGUCACGUGCACAGUUCGGAGCAACACCCCGUGAUCUUUCGUGUGGUCCCGAUCAAGAUCUACCACGAUGGUCGCUCGUUUGAUGUCGUCGCCUUUCUUGACGAAGGUUCGUCUUUCUCUUUGAUGGACAGCAGCGUUGCGGAUCAAAUGAAGCUAAAAGGAACCAGGAAGCCGAUACUCGUCAAGUGGACAGCUGGUAUGAGUCGGAUGGAACGAGAUUCAAGGUCGGUGGAUGUGACGGUUUCCGCGGCGGAUUCUCAAAACCGAUUUCUGCUGCGCAACGUGCACACGGUACAACACCUGCAGCUUCCAGAGCAAAAGGUGCAGUAUUCGGAAGUGGCAGCUCGCUUCAAACAUCUGCGUGGUCUCCCCCUGGCCGACUUCGCAAAUGGUUCACCGCAGAUUCUGAUCGGCCUCAAGCAUCUACACGUGUACGCUCCACUCGAGUCGCGCAUUGGCAAUCCUGGAGAGCCAAUAGCUGUUCGGACUCAACUCGGUUGGACAAUCUACGGCCCUCAAGCUGGCGACGAUAAGACUCCGGACUGGCCAUCGCUGUGCUUCCCGAAUCAACAGAGGACGGCAGAGCGCGAGAAGACUACAAUCCGAGUCGGCGAUCGCUUCCAAACGGGGCUCCUUUGGCGCAACGACAACCCGCAGCUACCGGACAGUUUUCCGAUGGCGCUAAAGCGCAUGCAAGCGCUGGAACGGAAGUUGGCGAAGGAUCCGGCUUUGCAGAAGAACGUGGAUGAUCAAAUCGUCGAAUACCAGCGGAAAGGCUACGCCCACGUCGCUACACCCAACGAGCUGAACCAAGCUGAGCCGGGCAAGAUCUGGUACCUACCCUUGAACGUCGUUAAGCACCCAAAAAAGCCGGAAAAGGUCCGACUUGUCUGGGACGCCGCAGCGUCCGUCCGAGGGAAGUCACUGAACACAGAGUUGCUCAAAGGACCAGACCUUUUGACAAGUCUGCCUACCGUGUUGAGUCGAUUUCGAGAACGCCCCAUCGCUUUCGGUGGCGAUAUUGCCGAAAUGUACCAUCAGCUGCAGAUUCAACCGAGUGACAAAUCCGCCCAGAGGUUCCUGUACCGGUCCAACGGAUCCAGCCAGCCGGUGACCUUCGUGAUGGAUGUCGCCACCUUUGGUGCGGCAUGCUCACCCUGCUCCGCUCAGUACAUCAAAAACAGGAAUGCGGAAGAGUACUCCGAGCAGUAUCCGGACGCUGUUGAGGCAAUCGUUGGAAGUCAUUACGUCGAUGACUAUUUGGACUCGACGUUCACCGUUGGAGAGGCAAUCAAGCGAGCUACCGAGGUCGCGUUCAUCCACUCCAAAGCUGGGUUUCAACUACGCAAGUGGGUGUCGAACAGCCCAGAGUUCCUGCAGCAUUUUGGAGUUCAAGUCGAAAGCCAGCUGGUAACCGUCGGCGGCGACAAGAGCAGCGGUAUGCAGCGAGUCCUGGGCAUGUCCUGGAACACGAUCGACGACGUUUUCGUGUUUGUCACGAACCUUCGCGAUGAUCUUCAGCCGUACCUAACUGAGGGAAAAUUGCCGACCAAGCGGAUCCUGUUGAGUAUCGUCAUGAGCUUCUUCGAUCCCCUCGGCUUGUGGGCGCUGUUUACCAUUUUCGGCAAAAUCAUCAUCCAGGACCUGUGGAGAAAUGGGUGCCCGUGGGAUCAAGUCUUGGACGAGAGCUCGGCAGCAAAGUGGUUCAAAUGGAUCGCACUUCUACCGCGCGUGCAAGCUAUGACCGUCCCUCGAUGCUACUUCCUCGGAGCAAAACUGUCGGACUACGUAAACCUUGAACUCCAUGUAUUCACGGACGCAAGCGAGGAAGCUUACGGGGCCGUCGCGUACUUUCGAAUCUGGGUGCACGGUAAGCCGAAAGUAUCGUUGGUGACGGGAAAAGCAAAGGUGGACCCGCUACAGUACAUGUCUAUUCCUCGCCUCGAACUUCAAGCCGGAACACUAGGGGCUCGGAUGGCGGCGGCGAUUAAGGCGAAUCACACCCUCCCCAUUAAGCGAACCGUUAUGCACACCGAUUCCGCGACGCAGCUGUCGUGGAUCCGGUCAGACCACAAGAAGUACAAACAGUUUGUAGCCCACCGAAUCGGAGAAAUCCUCAGCCACACCGAUGUGGACGACUGGCAGUUCGUAGCGACCAAGUUCAACAUCGCUGAUGUGCUGACCAAAUGGGGAAAACACGGACCACCACUGGACGGCGACAGCGAAUGGCUUGGUCCGGAAGAGCUGUUCAUACCAGAAGAAGACCUGAUCCUGCGGGAGCUGCCGGCGCCCAACGUCCGAGAAGAACUGCGAGCUUUCCACCUCUUUCACGAGAUUGAGUUCGCCUCGUGCCUCAUCGACCCUUCCCACUUCUCGCGAUGGAAGACCAUGGUGAGGAGCGUCGCCAGCGCGUUCCGGUUCAUCACCAAUCUACGCCGGAAGCAGAGAAAGCAGCCAAUUCAAACCCUACGAGCCACAUUCAACCUGGAACGGUCCGUGAUGCGGACCGAAUCGCUGGUGAAAGUCCCUCUUACCCGCGACGAAUAUCAACGAGCAGAGAACCACCUGUGGCAAGCUGCACAACAAGAAGGUUUUCCGGACGAGAAGAAGAUUCUGCUUAAGAACCGGGAACUGGAACAACAGAAGUGGCACUCCAUCGAACGUUCCAGCCCACUACACCGGUUGGCACCUUUCCUGGACGAGUAUGGAGUCAUCCGGAUGGAAGGACGUUCGGCCCACGCCGAAUUCUUACCAUUUGAACAGCGGUUCCCCAUCGUGCUGCCGAAAGGACAUGUCAUCACCAAUAAGCUUCUUGAUCUCUACCACCAGAAGUUCGGCCAUGCAAAUCGAGAGACGGUGGUAAACGAACUGCGCCAACGGUUCUACGUCCAGAACAUCAGAGCUGCAGUCCUGAAGGUGAUGCAAACCUGCACGUGGUGCAACAACAACAAGUGUCAACCAGCAGUUCCCAGGAUGGCCCCUCUUCCGGUGCAGCGCCUCACACCCUAA